GUCGGGACGUUUAGUUCAGAAGCUAUGCGAUAAAAUAAACGUCAACAUGGUCAAAAACUACAAUACACCGAAUUCCCAAGUUCUGUGUGCGUCAUACUCUCCCAUUUGACAGGUAAAGAAACACAAGUGAAGAGGGAUUUGCCAAACAGACUGCCACUACGAGCAAGGACAAGAUAAUCAUGGGUGACAGUAGUUGCAGCAACGGGACCCACCACUCGGGGGCGGUGCAGUCAGACCCACAGCUGUUUGAGGCCCAGUUUGAGGAGCUGGUGACCGAGCUCACAGAGCAGGACCUCACAGACUCUGUCCUCGCUGACGCUCUCAACAGACUCCGAGAGGUGUUGCAUUACAACACUCCUGGAGGAAAAAGAAACAGAGGUCUGUCUGUGAUUGGCUCUUUGAGGGAGCUUGUUCCUCCCACUGAGCUGACCCAGGAUGCUGUGCGACGGGCCCUGCUGGUUGGCUGGUGCAUUGAGCUGCUCCAGGCGUUCUUCCUGGUAGCUGAUGACAUCAUGGAUGCUUCAGUGACUCGGAGAGGUCAGCCCUGCUGGUACAAGAGGGAGAGAGUGGGUCUGGAUGCCAUCAAUGAUUCCUUCCUCCUGGAGGGAUCCAUCUACAGACUACUGCGCAGACACUGCAGGGCACAGCCCUACUACGUACAUCUAUUGGAGCUCUUCACUGAGACGUCCUUCCAGACAGAGCUGGGCCAGGCACUGGACCUGAUGACCGCUCCUCCUGGUCAAAUAGACCUCAACCGCUUCACCAUGGAGAGAUAUAAGGCCAUAGUAAAGUACAAGACUGCCUUCUACUCCUUCUACCUCCCUGUGGCAGCAGCCAUGUACAUGGCGGGCAUCGACAGUGAAGAGGAACACAACAACGCCAAACACAUCUUACUGGAGAUGGGAGAGUUCUUCCAGAUACAGGAUGACUACCUGGAUUGCUAUGGCGACCCGGCUGUGACAGGGAAGAUUGGAACAGACAUCCAGGACAACAAAUGCGGCUGGCUGGUGGUGACCGCUCUAGGGGUCAUGACCCCGGAACAAAGGGUAGAGCUGGAGUCAUGUUAUGGCCGGCAUGACAGUGUGGAGAAGGUGAAAGCACUGUACAACACCCUACAGAUGCCCACCCUGUACCACCAAUACGAAGACGACAGCUAUCAGCGCUUACAGAAACUCAUCGCGCGUCACGCCCAAAACCUUCCACACGCAGUUUUCCUCAACUUCGCCAAGAAAAUCUACAAGAGAAACAAGUGAAGACUAUGAUGAGGGGACUGUUUUUAUUUAGUGUGUGUUGCACUGUAGCUGGACUGAGGGCUAGUUGGUGUGGCUGCUUCCAUUUCGGUCCCUUGCCUCUUCCCCUUGCUCCUACCCCUUCAGUGAACACCAUGGUGUUAAGGGAUAGGGCAGGGCUCUCCAACUCUGGUCCUGGAGAGCUACCAUCCUGUAGGUUUUUGCUCCAACCCUAAUCUAACGCACCUGAUUGUAAUAAGAGUGGAAACCUACAGGAGGGUAGCUCUCCAAGAACAGGGUUGGAGAGCCCUGGGUUAGGUUAAGGGUCUAGGGACCUAAAUAGAACAAGACUUUAGUUUGGACUGCGAGUGAGCCUGGUUGAGAUUAGACCAGUCAGUCUUAAACCUGGUCUUUAAGGACCCCUGUGUGUGCCCAUUUUGUUCUCCAUAAUAUGAUUUUCAAUUAUGUACAGAAUAACUGAUUACUCAAACUGGGAAUACCAUGUCAUCAAAAAAGUAUGUCUGUCUCUGUAUCAAUCUCUUUAUUUAUUGAUGAUGAUGUGAGUAUGACAUCAUGUCACUGUUAGGUACUGUCUGCUCUAGAAUCCUGUGGAUUUGAUGAUGGAAGGGAGAGACAUCAUUAUUGGUUGAUGAUCACAUCAAUCAGGAUGACAACCUGGGGCCCUGUUUAGCAGAGGGCUCUGGUCUCUACCGGCAGAGGGCUCUGGUCUCUACCGGCAGAGGGCUCUGGUCUCUACCGGCAGAGGGCUCUGGUCUCUACCGGCAGAGGGCUCUGGUCUCUACCGGCAGAGGGCUCUGGUCUCUACCGGCAGAGGGCUCUGGUCUCUACCGGCAGAGGGCUCUGGUCUCUACCGGCAGAGGGCUCUGGUCUCUACCGGCAGAGUGAAUGGACUAGAGUAGGAAGCUUCCUGAAAGGAACAAUCCUGCUGUCUCUCACACCAUGUUCUGUCUUUGUAUUUUGUUUUCUCUAUAUCCCUCUGUGUAUAAUCAUCUCUUUCUGUCUAAUUACUACUGUACAUCUACCUGCUGCUGACAAUAUGGCAUCUUAUUGCUUUUAAUAAAGAAAUGUGACCAACA